AUGGCUCCCUCCAGUCUCGCUUCGGUCCCCAGAGCUGCCGCUCGUGGCUUCCGCAGCUCGUCUAUUGCGCAGACUGCCGCCCGCCGUCCCCUCUUCUCCAUGUCUGCCCGCAAUGCUUUCUUCGCCCGUCCGACCGCCGCCCGCAGGCUCUUCACGACCUCUUCUUCCAUGACCCGCGGUAUCAUGCCUGAGACCAGCGAACCCCAUGGCAAGGACACCACCGUCCCCGAGACGCCCGUCACUGUGAACGUCGCCGAGCUCACGGACGCCGAGUACCACGAGCUGGCCGACCGGUACAUGGACGUUGUCGUCUCCAAGCUCGAGGAGUUGGCCGAGACCCGCGAGGGAUUCGAUGUUGAGUAUUCGGCGGGUGUCUUGACCCUCAACACCCCGGAGCACGGUACCUACGUCAUCAACAAGCAGCCCCCCAACAAGCAGAUCUGGCUCUCCUCGCCGCUCUCCGGCCCGAAGCGCUACGACUGGGCCAUCCUCGGCGAGGGACAGGCCGAGAAGGAGGGCACCGGUGCCGGCAACUGGAUAUACAUGCGUGACGGCUCUACCCUCGGCGAUAUCUUUUUGAAGGAGCUCGAUGUGGAUUUCAGCUUUGCCCCUUCGACAUAUGGGCAGUGA